AUGUAUGCAAUCGUGCGGGAAGUGGAGUGUAAGCGCGCUUUGCUGUGUUUGCUUUUGCUGCCGUGCUGCUCGUUGAUCCGUACGGGAGUUUUAGCCGUUUGUCCGAUGGUUGCAUCCUGCGAUGAGGGUACCACCCCGUACCGUUCGAUGGACGGGUCGUGCAACAGUCUGUACAAUCCACUGUACGGUACACCUUACCGACCGUACCGGCGACUGUUGCCGGCGAAGUACGGAGACGGUGUGUACGAGCCGGCCCGUAUGUCUUCCGGCCGGCCAAUGCCGAAUGCUCGGCAGCUUUCGAUGGCACUGUUUGGGGAGGUGGAGCGGCCAGACGAACGAAGCACCAUCAUUAACAUGCAGUUUGGGCAAUUGGUUGCGCAUGACAUGAGCUUUACCGCGGAUGUAUUUGGAGUAAAAUGUUGUCCAAACGGUAAAAGAAUUCCACCGGAUUUACAACCUCCUCGCUGUAUGCCGCUCGAAGUACCGCGCGAUGAUCCAGUGCUGCCUUCUGAGGACAUUCAGUGCAUGAGUAUGCUACGCACCAAGACGACACUAGAGCAUCCCUGCGUCACUAACUACGGCACAGCGGAACAACUCUCGUCCGUAACGGCGUUCCUUGAUCUUUCCAUCGUGUACGGCAACAGUGUGGAGCAGACGGCUAGUUUGCGGGUACAUCGUGCCGGUCUCAUGAUGGUAGAGCACCGACACGGACAGGACUGGCCACCGCACAACCCAAACGCUAGCAAACUUUGCCAGAUGCGGCAGGACACGGACGUGUGCUACCUUACCGGUGACUUGCGUUCCAAUCAGAGCCCUCAUCUGGCAAUUCUACAGAUAGCUCACCUGCUCGAGCACAACCGGUUGGCGAGCGAGCUGGCGAAGCUCAAUCCCUGCUGGGACGACGAACGACUGUUUCAGGAAGCACGCCGCAUCAACAUUGGCAAAUACCAGUCGGUGGUGUACAACGACUGGCUGCCGAACUACAUGGGCCGGGAGAAUAUGCUGAAGCAAGGACUGCUGCACUCGACUGCAGAUGCCGGUGGAUUCGUGCGGGACUACAACCCCCUGGAGGAUCCUACCGUGAGCAAUGCUUUCGGUACGGCUGCAUUCCGCUACUUUCACAACAUGAUAGUGGGAGAGCUCGAUUUCUACCACGACGCGAAAGAGCAUCGCGCACGAAACGGUUCUAUUCGGCUGUCGGACUGGCUGCGGAGGCCGGGCGUGCUAGAGCAGCGCAACCACCGGGAGCUGCUGACGAGGGGCAUGGCUACCCAACCGCACGAUGCCACCAACGACCAGCUGACGCCCGAAGCCAAACACUUUCUCUUCCGGAACGCAAACCUCUACGGUGCCGAUCUGAAGGCGAUCGAUAUUCACCGGGCCCGAGACCAUGGACUUGCCAGCUACAACGAUUUCCGGCAGCUGUGUGGAUACGCGAGGGCCAACCAUUGGGAGGACCUGUACGCGAGCAUUCCACGCGCUACGGUCGCCCAGCUGGCCCGAUGGUACGAUACGGUGGAAGAUGUUGAGCUGGCCGUGGCCGGUGCACUUGAAAUGCACCAUCCGGGCGCAACCGUUGGGCCAACGUUUCUGUGCAUCCUGCUCGAACAAUUCCGACGGACGCGUACUGGCGAUAGGUUUUUCUUCGAAAAUGGCGCGGACGGGCACGGGUUCAGCGAGCGGCAGCUGCGGGAGAUACGGAAAGCGACGAUAGCGCGGUUACUGUGCGACAAUACGGAAGGGCUCACGAGAAUGCAGCACAAUGCAUUCUUUCGGCCGGACGGUGAUGAGAACCGUCCGGUACCGUGCUCGGAAUUACCCGAGGUACUGUUGGAACCGUGGCGAGUGUAA